AUGAAUGGCCGUUACGAAGAUAAAUCUACUUGUACAUUUUACACGAAGAUUGGAGCUUGUCGGCAUGCCGAAAAAUGCUCAAGGAAGCAUAUAAAACCUACAUCAUCAUAUACAAUAUUGCUCCCUAACUUAUAUCAGAACCCUAAACUAAACAAGAAUAACGAUUCCACCACUGAAUUCAACCCAAAACAGCUUCAAGAAUACUUCGAUCAUUUCUAUGAGGAUAUAUUCAUAAAAUUUGCAUUAAUAGGGGAAGUAGUUGCCAUGGUGGUUUGUGAGAAUGAGAACAACCACUUAAAUGGUAACGUAUACGUUAAAUUUUUGGAACAAGAGUCUGCUUUCAAUGCCGUAAUACAGUUGAACCAGGAAUGGUUCAGUGGUAGACCGGUACACUGUGAGCUCUCUCCCGUUGAAAAUUUCAAUGACGCAAAUUGUCGAGCAUACGAUAACGAUUCUUGUAAUAGAGGAGAUCAUUGCAACUUUAUGCAUGUAAGAAGACCUUCUUCGUCACUCAGAAGCUCCUUGUUCAAAUCACAAGAGAAGUCAAUAUUGUUGAAAAAAUUGCAACUACUCAAUACAAAACCAGAAAAUGUCCAACAAGGUGUAUCCACUGAACAAGAAGAGCUUGAUCAUGAUCAAAACAGAGAAACAUACGACAACGAAUCUGCUACCCCACCAUCAACCACCACCGUGACUACAUCUGUAGUUGAAAAAUUAUUUGCCACAUGA